GAAUAAAGGAGGAUCAUCAUGUGCCAUUUCUGAGUUCUGAGCUGUGGUAUACAGUAAACCAUAUUUAUCUGCAUUGUCCCCCCAAGUGAGCACUUUUUCCACUUCCCUAUGAAUAAUUCUUUGCCCUUGAAAGUUAAAACUCAUCUGGGCUAGCUGUCAUUUUUCUUCUUUUCUUUGGCACUUUUACUUUUUCUAUUAUUGAUUUUGGAAGAAGGAUUCAUCUGGGCUGUAAAAGUUUUUUCCUUUCUUUGUUCUUUUCUCUUCAAUACUUUGGAGGUUGAAUUCUUGAGUUUUGCUAUCUCCUUCGAUGAUCAAAGCAGAAAAUCACUUCCUUAAUUGUUUGAAAGGAAAGUUUCUUACUCUGUGUGUUUCGAAAUGCAUUAGGUAAUUACUGCUAAUUCUCUCUCUCUCUCUCUCUCUCUCUCUCUCUCUUCUAUUAAUUAUCUUCUCAGUAUCAGCAGGGAAAAAAUAUCUUUUCUGACCUUCAAAACUUUUAGCUCUUUUGGUGUUCCAACUUCUUCAUAGUCAUUCAAAUUUCUGUUCAUCCCUGACUCUGAUUUUUUUUUCCUCCUCUUUUUUUUGGUAAUUUAUCAUGGAUCAAGCAAUUUUUUUGUUUUUUUUUUGUUAAUGAUGGUUAUAGUUGUGUAUGUAUCAAAACAAGAUCAACAAAACUUCGGAAAUUGUAACCCUUUGGUCCCUUUUUGUCACAUUCAGUUAGUUCUAUGGAUGAAAAUGGUGAUUUUUGGCGCUUUUUUUUUGUGUAAAUGAUGUCAUGGUUAUGAUAAUUGUUUUCUGUCCUCUUUGAGGUUUUGCAUCAGCUUUGUUUUUCUUCUGUGCUUACCUCUUCCGGAUGUGGUUUAAUCUGCUAAAGGGUUAGAUUUUGGCUUUAUUUGGUUAGAGAGCUAAUCAGUUUACUUGAAUGAUGUCAUUAUCAAAGUUUUGAUUCCUAUUUGCUUUCUAUUUGUCACCUCCUGCUUUUUGUCAAUUGUCCUCUCUGUUCUCUCUCUCUCUUUCUCUGUUUCUCUUAAUUAAGGGAUUUUUAUUUUUAUUUUUUUCUUUUUUCUUUUUAUUUUUUGUGCAGAUCAGGGAAUUUGGAAAAUGACGAAGAUUAGUCCUGAGUUUGGAGGUGAAGUUGAAAUGCAGGCGAUCAGGUCGCUGUCUGCUGAUGUGAGCUUUGCUUCAGAUCAGUUUCCCAAGUAUAAAUUGGGGCCAGAUAAUCAAGUUCUUGAAGAGGUAGAUUUGAAUGCCAAUGGUCCACCGCUGAAGGAGGUUAUUUUGCAAGAAACUACGCAGCUAACUGAACAGCACAAACGUCUUUCAGUUCGUGACCUGGCCAGCAAGUUUGAUAAGAAUUUGGCUGCUGCAGCUAAGCUGUCUAACGAGGCUAAACUCCGGGAGGUAGCAUCACUAGAGGGACAUGUUCUUCUGAAGAAGCUUAGAGACGCUCUGGAAUUUCUGAAAGGAAGAUUGGCAGGUCUAAACAAGGAAGAUGUGGAAAGGGCUAUUUCUCUUGUGGAAGCUUUGGCAGUUAAGUUAACACAAAAGGAAGGUGACUUGAUUCAAGAGAAAUUUGAAGUAAAAAAGCUGCUGAACUUUCUCAAACAGGCUUCAGAGGAUGCAAAGAAAUUGGUUAGUCAAGAAAGAUCUUUUGCAUGUGCAGAAAUUGACAGUGCAAGGUCCGUUGUACUGAGAAUUGGAGAAGCCCUUGAGGAACAAGAAAAAAUUUGCCAAACUUCUGGGAAACAGGAAAUGGAGUCUCUGAUGGAAGAGGUCCAAGAAGCUAGAAGAAUUAAGCUAUUACAUCAGCCUAGCAAGGUGAUGGACAUGGAGCAUGAACUCCGAGCUUUAAAAAUAGACAUCAAGGAGAAGUCUUCAGUUUCAAUGAAGCUGCAGAAUGAGCUGCUGAUGAAAAAGAGAGCUGAGGAGAACAAACUCCUUCCUUAUAUGAUAAGUGGUUCUGAAACUUUGGGAUCAAUUUUACGCGUUGAACCCCGCUCAGAUGAAGCGACUGAUCUUACCAAAUGUGCUUGCCAAUGGUAUCGGUUAUCAUCAGAAUGUAGCAGAAGGGAACCUAUAGUAGGUGCCGACAAAUCCAUUUAUGCCCCAGAACCAAUUGAUGUUGGAAGAUUUCUGCAAGUAGAUAUACUUUCAAAUGGUCAGAAAAUAUCAGUGACGACAGCUGGACCAAUUGAAUCUGGUGAUGGCUUGGGGAACUAUGUAGAAACACUACUGCGAAAGUCAAACUCUGAAUUUCAUGUGGUUGUCUCACAAAUGAAUGCACGGAACUAUUCAUCACGCUCAACGCAUGCGUUACAUAUUGGAAAGACAAGGAUGAAACUUUGUAGAGGAUGGAUUACAAAAGCCAGAGAUUGCUAUUCUGGAUCCAUGCAGCUAUGUGGAUUCAGAGGAGGCGGAAACUCGGCAGCCAAGUCAUUGUAUUGGCAACCAAGGAAAGGACAAACCUUUGUGCUGGUGUUUGAAUCUGAGAAAGAAAGAAAUGGAGCUCUAACCCUUGCCCGGAAAUAUGCUCUUGAUUGCAAUGUGAUGUUGGCAGGACCAGAUGAUGAUGCUUUAUUCUAAAUAUGACUAGGUGGUAAAUUUUUUUUUCCCCGUUAAAUGUGUGUAUAACAAGGUUUUCAAGUGUGAGCAUUACCCCCCUCUUUUUUUCUUCUUUUCGUGUGAAAUGGAUGGAAAGAGUAAAUUUGCAGUAUUAGUCAGGGUAUUUUUUUUUUCUCACUAAUUAGUUGCAUCCACUUUAGGCAGGGUUUUUUGUUUAGCCUAAUCAUUGGUUGUAACAAAAUGUACUAACUCAUUAAUGAUUCUUUUCAGUUGAUUUGGGUUAAGCUUUUCAGUCUCUUUUGAAAUUUGAGAAACAUUUUUCCAGAGAUUGAAGUUGAACCAGUCCUUGAUUUCUGUUUUUUAUCAUGACUUCUUCUACAUAAUAUGGCUUCUUCUACAUUCAUAUGCAAUUCUUUGAAUAUUAUUGACUAACUCGAACAUUAACCGAUUGAGAAAGGAAAUCUAAUGAUAUCGUCGCAUAAGAUACACGGUACAGAUUACCAUGAAUUUCUGGUUUUCGUUAGUAAACAUCUCUUCCAACUUGAUAUGAAAACUCUAUAAUGUAUCGCAAUUUCACGAGAGCGAUUUGAG